UGGUAGCGUUGCUGUGCGCGCUGUGAUCUGCGCGCUGCGUGCAUGGAGGAAGCAGCUGCUGAUCUGAUCUCUGACAUUGUGCGAGACAGACAUCUCAAUAGCCCGCACUCACUUUUGUUUUUCGCGCUACCGCUUCACGAAAAAGUGCGCUUCAUCGACUCCCUGGGUUAAUGGGUCCAAUUAUCGGGAUGUCCCCAGAUAAGAAAGCGGAGUUCCCGGGCAUGCAGGAGCAGCGGACGGGGCUCCGGGGCGCCUGCGGGGCGGGGACCCUGCCCGAGGCGGAGUGCGCCUCCAGCCCGCUGGCCACCAGCGUGGACUGCAGGGGGGGCUCCGAGGACGAGGAGCUGACCAACCUCAACUGGCUCCACGAGAACCUGCUCCAGAACUUCACCCUGGGGGGCCCCGAGGCGCUGACCAGCGCCAGCCCGCUCUUGGACAUCGAGGGCGACCACGGUGCCAGCCAGGGGCCUUCCUCUUCCUCUCACUCUUCAGCGCACGGCAAAGGCAGAGAAAGGGACUCGCUCAAGUCAAAGCCCCCUUUCUCCUUCUCCCUCCUCAUCUACAUGGCCAUAGAGCAGUCCCCCAGGAAGUCCCUGCCGGUCAAAGAGAUCUAUGGCUGGAUCCUGGAGCACUUCCCUUACUUCUCCAACGCCCCCACGGGAUGGAAGAACUCUGUCCGCCACAACCUCUCCCUGAACAAAUGCUUCCGCAAGGUCGAAAGGAGUUUGGGCAAGGCCAACGGAAAGGGCUCUCUGUGGUGCGUCGAUCCCGAGUACCGGCCCAACCUGAUCCAAGCUCUUAGGAAGCAGCACUUCCCCACCGCCGAUGCCUUCUGCACGCCCCCUGCCUCCCCGCCCAGUGCCUCUUCACCACCUCGACAUCUCUUCCUCCAAGGCUGCUCAUUUAAAGAGUCUGACAUUGAUGCUGCCACUGCCAUGAUGCUCUUAAACUCGGCCCCAGGGCACCACGACGACCCAUGCGACUCGGACACCCCUCUGGACCUCUCGCGGCCCGACUCUGUCCUGGUGAGCAGCGACCCCAAGCAGGACCACAACUACAGCAGCAGCGGCAGCGUGGGGCUGCCGCGCUGCUCCUCCCGCUCCUCCUCCUCCUCCCUGUCCUCGGUGGACGAGGGGGUCCCCCAGCGGGGCCCCCAGCGGGGCCAGAGCCACCGGCGGCGCCGGGCGGGCAGCGAGGGCUUCCACAGCGACGAGGACUCGGACCUCUGGGAGGAGCGGGGGGGGCGCUCCCGCCCGUCGGCCCCGGCCCGCCGCGCUCCCUCUUCCUCCUCCUCCUCCUCCUCGUCCUCGUCCUCCGCUUCCUCCAACGCCGCCUCCUCGGGCUCCAACGGCUCCUCCGGCGCCGGCAAGCGGCCCGCGGGGAAGCGGGCGCGGCGGGAGGUGAAGCUGGAGCUUGACGAGGAGCUGAAGGAGGCGGCCGGCUCUCUGCUCCACCUGGCGGGCAUCCGCAGCUGCACAGAGGCCUCCAAGCGCGGCAAGAGCAAAAAGCUCGGCAGGAAAUGAAAAUAGCGGGUGUUUGAGGGGCUUUUUCUCGUUUUUUUUUGUUUUUUUUAUUUUUUGCUUUACUCCUUUUUCUUCCUUAUCAGACUCCUGACCCUUUGAACCAUGACCCCUGACCCCCGAUCGUGUGCUCCGGUGUGCCUCCUUCUCCUUAUCCGAUCGCCAUUUUGAGCCUUUUUUGUUGUUGUUGUCGUCGUCGUCGUUGUCGCCGUCGUCCGAGAUAGCCCUGUCCUCCAAAAAACAAAAAAAACAAAUGGCAAUAGUAUCGUUCACAGAGGAGAACAAAGCCAUAUAGAGACUUGUGUGACUCAAGGUGGAGGAUCUUCUAGGUUGGGGACCUGGGCUACGGAGAAAACAUCACCGACGCCUGUCCGAAAUGACCUGCCUGCUUCGGUUGGAUUGGAUGACGUGAAUGGAAGGAUUUCUCUGGAAAAACAAGACAACAGAACGGGGGGGAAGGCUAAAGGUUCCCCAGCUCAAAGCGUUGCAUGCUUCCUCCUUGAAACCUGUAUCCUCUUGGAAGUGGACAUAUUUAUGAAGCGAAUGAGUGCAUGUUUGUAACAGACACAAUCUAACCUCCUGGUGUGGCCAUUUGAUUUAGUUUUUUUUCCUUUUGUGCUGAAGAGACAUGCUACCAUUGGAAAGGCAUUCUUGAUCUACAAGUCUUUUACGAGAGAUGCAAUAAUUAAUCCAUAACCUUAACUUUUUCCUUUUUAACCUUUUAUUUAUUGGUGCCAUUUGUGUAUACACUGGUUUGACUCCAGAGAGUAGUAUUAUAGUCGUACCCACAAUCCUGGACGUAUUCCACGUAAGAAACCAAGCAAGAUAUAGUAUAAAACCUACCACUGCCAAACUCUGUUGCCCAGUCGUUCAAACUCCCAGGCUAUGAAUUUGUGAGGUAAUCCUAGCUUCAUGAGAAAGGAAGCUAUUGUACGAAUUCUAUAGCAUGAAUUUUCAAUGCGUCAAUGCAUUUUUCUUUUAUGUUUGUCUUUGCCUUUUGUGAAGAACUCCAAACAUUGCUUGUAUAAUUUUUAUAUGAUCUCUCAUCCUAUGCAAGGCGAGAAGCGCGCGCGCGCACACACACACACACACACACACACACACACACACACACACACACACACACACACACACACACACACACACACACACACACACUGCUAGCAUAGGUAAUUGUUGAGGUGUUUAAACUGUACCUCACAUACACUGGUGUGACAGAGUGUACAUUGAGUUCUGGGCCAUGGCGGUUGGCUUGACACGAGUGAUUGAAAUUGACCCAGGUCUCAAGUCAGACAUGUUAUGCUGAACAACCGGUUGAUCACACUGGAGCACAGCUGUCUUAAGGGCACAUUGAAUUCCCUCUCGUGCUCAGUGCAUUCACAGAAUUAAGGGAUGCACAAAGAACCAUGCACAAAAAUGAGCAGAGCUAUUGUCCCGUUUCGCCCAAUAAUAAGAAUCGACUAAACGCUAUGCCGCAAAAUGCCCUGUUCAACCCUGAACUGGAACACACAGGCCUAUUAUGUCGGUCUAUCUUCUAGGUGUGGGGCGGGGAGUGUUACUGUCUCGUGAGAGAGUAGGUGGGGAGGGAUUGUAGGAAAGCCAGAAGUCGGACCGUGGAGAGCGGGAGCGUGGUGCAGGGAGGGGGGGAGCCAUGUGAUGCACGGCUCGCUGGGAACUGGGACGUGUGGCGCGAUGUCGCUUCCGGGAGCCGUCGUGACUCACUGUGGCAGCCUCGGACUGGCCCCCCUCUCUCUCGUUCUCGCUCUCGCUCUCGCUCUCGCUCUCGCUCUCUCUCUCACACUCUCUCCUAUGAUUUCCGCCCAGAACAAAAAGAGGAAGCGAUCAAGCUUCUCUUUGCUCUACUUGUGAAAUGGGAUGUUCAUUGUGCUGCCUGGGCCGCACUGUUUCAGUGAGCGGAAGUCACAGGAGACCCUCUGGGACAGGGGCCGCGAUCGGUAUUUGAGCUUUUCAUAAAAGGUUGAGUAUGUGUGAAAUGGGAGAUAGAACUGAAACAUAAGCACACACACCCCGCGACAAAGUGUUAGGUUUCACCGUGGCUUCAUUACAAAAGAAUAUGGAAAACACAAUUUGUCUCUGAUAGUAAAUGAUUAGGCUAGUAGACCCACCGCGACAUUAGCAUGGUUUGCAUGUCCAGUGCCAAAUUUGUUUAUUUCUAUUUAAUUUCUUGUGCCACUGUUGGGAGAGUGAAAAAGGCCAUGAACUCAUAUUUUCCCAGAGCUUUUUGGACUCGUCGUAACAAGUGCACUGUUUUCUAGAAUCAGGAAUUUGGAAAAGACUCUGAAUAAUAAUAAAGGAUUAUUUUAUUAGGUUUUAUUAUUUUAUUUUGCCUCGGACCGGGAACUGCUCUUUGAGAUACUCAGCGGUUCUCUAAAACCACAAAUAAGCGUACACUGGUCUUAUUUAGCUGUGAAAGAAAGAUCAAAUUGUUAAUUGUUCAACUUAUUUAUAUGAUUAAUUUAUGGGAUUUUUGAGUGACUUCUUUGUUAAAAUUAUAGUUUUCUUGAAUUAAAUGCCUUCUCGCUAGUGGGCACUUAUAUAUUUUUUCCUCUGGAAUUAUCUGAUAGUUGAUUUUCCUGUUGUUUUUCUUUAAGUGAUAAUAGUUCUGCCAAUGUCUCUCUUUCGCGCAGGUGUUUUUGUUUUACCCUUAACUGCCAGGUAUUUUUAUUUUUCUUCUUCAUUUUACUUUGUUAAAUUUGACUGGACCGAUGACUGCCAAUUAAUGCAUUGUUCCGGAAUUAUUUUGUUGCCAAAAGUAAUGUACAUUGAAAAGCAAAGACGUAAACCAUCCCCAAGGAAGAGCUCCCUUCGAUGCUAUGCCAUGACUUCACAGGCCUUCAGCUGGUGUUUGAUUCAUAUUCAGAUAUUGGGGACAUGGUUGUCAAACAUUAUUAUGUACGUAUGAAGCAUUGCCAUUACUCAAAUAAUUUAGCAUGUACUGCCAUCUGUUAAAGAUGUGUUAAAGUGUGGCUCAUUGGCUCAAAUGUGUUUAGAACCUUUUUUCUAAAGUCUGCAAAAAAAAGACCAAUUGCGUUCCCCAGGCAACUGCUGUGUAGUUGAUCAUCCCACCAAAGUUGGGAGAGAUGGUUGGGGAAAGUGUAGAGGGGUUACAAGGGGGUAAAUCAUACGUGUUGUUUUUGUAGCAACGGAUGGGUUCUGACGGUGUCCAUGUGAUGUUGAUUCUGAACCGGUGAAUGACCGAAUGAUGUCCUGGAAACAUGGAACGAGUCAAAAGCGGCCAUUGUUUCACUGCUUAAAAUCUGUUAAUGAUUAUGUGACCUUUUUAUUUUUUUUUGUUUGUAUGAAUUACCAUGGUAAUGAUGAGCCUUUUGUUGUCCCUCAUUUGACUAAGUAAUGCUGCCAACCCAGUAUCAGUUUGUGUCAAGUUGUCUGCCAUGUCUGUUGGACAGGUACACCUUUUGGUUUUGUAUGCUAACCUCUGUUCAUAAAAAUGUUUAUAAGAUUUAUUUUCGCCAAAGAUAUGCAAUUGCAUUAUAUAUGGUAUUACAAAAAUAAUAAAAACAUUUUCUUGUUUUAUCUCUUUGUAUUAUUUUAAAUCUUUUGUCUUGGAUACAACUUCAUCACAUAAUACCAAUAAUUAAGAUGUUUCACAUUCCCAAACGCAGAUAAUUGAAUACCAACGCCUUGUUUGCUCUUAACCCAAAGUGUUCAAUGUUGCCACCUGCUGUAGUGUAUCAGUCACACCAUUUAAAAUGAAAAACAAAAGCCCCUUUUUAUUUUUACUUGAGACUGCAAUGUCAAAGCUUGCACAUUUGUGUGUGUGUGCGUGCAUACAUGCAUGCGUGCACCCAACCGGGCCAGCAGUCCUGGGCCCUGUAAACAGGCCAGGCUCAAACCCCUCUCCAC